CCAGGCUGGGUUCGCGGGGGCGCGCGGGCGCAGCCCCACGUGCCGUCCCAGUCCGCCUGGCGCUCGGCGGGGUCCGGUUCUGCCUGGCCGUCCGUCUGCCCCGAUGCCGGGUCCGGCCUGGCCAUGGGCGCGGGCUCAGUGCGGGCGCGCUACCUCGUGUAUUUCCAGUACUUGGGCACGGACUUUAACGGGGUCGCGGCAGUCAGGGGCGCCCAGCACGCCAUCGGAGUCCAGAACUACCUGGAGCCGCACGGAUGCUGGGGUCCAUGCCCUGAGCAACGCGGCGCACCUGGACGUCCAGCGCCGCUCAGGCCGGCCCCCGUUCUCCCCUGAAGUCCUGACGCAAGCCCUCAACACCCACCUGAGGCACCCGGCCAUCCGGGUACUGCAGGCCUUCCGUGUGCCCAGCCACUUCCAUGCCCGCCACGCAGCCACGUCCAGGACCUACCUGUACCGUCUGGCUACCGGCUGCCCCAGGCCUGACCAGCUGCCCGUGUUUGAACGAAACCGGUGCUGGGCGCUUCGGGCUGACUGCUUGGACGUGGCUGCCAUGCGGGAGGCCGCCCAGCACCUCCUGGGGACACAUGAUUUCAGGGCCUUCCAGUCAGCUGGCAGCCCGGCCACCAGCCCGGUGCGCACCCUGCGCCGAGCCUCCGUGUCCCCCGACCCUGCCAGCAGCCCCUUUGUCCUCCCCGAGGAGAGCAGGCGGUUGCGGUUCUGGAGCCUGGAGUUUGAGAGCCAGUCCUUCCUAUACAGACAGGUGCGGAGAAUGACAUCUGUGCUGGUGGCCGUGGGGCUGGGAGCUUUGAUGCCUGCUCAGGUGAAGGCGAUUCUGGAGAGCCAGGACCCCCUGGGCAGGCACCAGAGCCGCGUGGCUCCCGCCCACGGCUUGUUCCUGAAGGCGGUGCUCUACGAGGGCUUCGAGUCCACAGCACGAAGGUCACAGGUGAUCCCUGAUACGCAGCAAGGUCAGGGCGGCCACGGCACACUAGGCCCAGCUGCUGGCCGCUGCCCAGCUCUGUACACCACCGUGCGUCACACAGGGACCACGGCAGGCCCCACGCCUCCCGUCAGCCUGGACCUGCCACAAGUCCCCGCCUGCCAGGGUGGGCUGCCAGAGGUGGGGUGCAGGAGACAGGCGCAAGCACCGGAAAGCGAGACACCCAAACAGCCUGUGGUGGUUUUUACUGGAAAUCAACACCUCGGGAGCCCCACCCCCAUCUCCUGGGAGCCCAGGAGCAGACAUAAAAGGUGAAAAGAC